AUGGGGGAGCCAAAGCCAAGGGUAAGUGGUGCUUCUUCCUCCACCGACUCAUAUUCAACCCCUUAUGCGUCUCCAACACCAACUCAAGCUCCACGUCACCCCGUGACAUUACUCGAACCAUCUCACCAACACAAGAAAAAAGGCAAGAAAGUCUUCCGUGUCUUCCGCUCCGUGUUUCGUUCUUUCCCCAUCAUCACACCGGCGGCUUGUAAAAUCCCGGUCCUUCCGGGCGGUAGCUUACCUGACCAGCACCGAAGCGGGUCAAGCGGGUCAAGAGUCUCCGGGACCUUGUUUGGAUACCGUAAAGGCCGUGUAAGCCUCUCUAUCCAAGAAAACUCCAAAUGUUUACCAUCUCUCGUCGUGGAGCUAGCAAUGCAAACAAUGGUGCUACAAAAGGAGCUGAGCGGAGGAAUGGUUAGGAUCGCUUUAGAGACGGAGAAACGAGCUGAUAAGGAGAAGGUUAAGAUAAUGGACGAGCCGUUAUGGACAAUGUAUUGUAACGGUAAGAAAACGGGGUACGGUGUGAAACGUGACGCGACGGAGGAAGAUCUUAACGUGAUGGAGUUGUUAAGACCGGUUUCGAUGGGUGCGGGAGUUUUGCCGGGGAACUCGGAGGCUGAAGGACCUGACUCGGAGAUGGCUUACAUGAGGGCUUACUUUGAGCGUGUGGUUGGGUCUAAAGAUUCAGAGACGUUUUAUAUGUUGAGUCCCGAAGGGAAUAAUGGACCAGAGCUUAGUAUCUUCUUCGUGAGAGUUUGA